CAGCGAGGCGGCAGCCGACCUCUCCGGCGAUGUGCUGAGCGCUACUCGAGGAGACACCAUGGCCGUGGGGCCCUGGGUCGCGGCCUGCGCGCUCCUCUGCGCCGCCGCCGCCGCCGCCGCCGCCGCCGCCGACAGCAACGAGACCCGGGACUUCUGCCCCGAGCUGCAGUGGCAGAAGAACUUCGACCUGGACGAGCUGAUGCGGAUGUGGUACGUGGUGGAGGUGCUGGAGCACCGGCAGCCGGGCGGCGCCGCCAUCUCGCGCAUCGACAGCUGCCCCGUGGUGCAGCUGCAGCGGCUGGGCGAGACGCGCCUCAAGCUGCUGUGGGAGGAGCCGGCCGGCGUGGUGGAGUACCACUUCCGGCUGCCCAUCGCCUACACGCCCGGCUACUGGGUCGCCGAGGGCUCGCCCAACUCGACCCUGGCGGACCACCACGGCAAGCGCAUCGCCGUGCACUUCUCCGGAGAUGUGCACGUGAUGAAGGCCGUCUACUCGCACCUGGUGCUCACCUUCUGCUCGGCCGCCGAGGAGAAGCUGUGGACCAUCGUGCUGUCCCCGGAGAGCUCGCUGAGCGCAGUCGAGCUGCGCGGCGUCAACAAGAUGCUGGAGCGGCGCGGGCUGACCCUCAGCAACGUGCGCCAGACGUGCGGCGGCGCCGGCUCCGCCCCCGCGUCGGCGGCGCUCGCGUCCCUGCUGCUGGCCGCCGGCGUCGCGGCGCUCGCCGCCUGACGCCACACGCGCUGCUCCUCUCCAACCCCUCGGCACCUGCUGUUCCUCUCCCAUCUCCUUGUCUCUGACAUUACGUGACUUCGUCCCGCUGAGUCACAAGUCCUUCUUCUGUCCAACCCCUCGGUACCUCUUGUUCCUCUCCCAUCUCUUUGUCUCUGACAUUACGUGACUUCUUCCUGCUGAGUCACACGUCCUCCUUCUCUCCAACCCCUCGGCACCUCUUGUUCCUUUCCCAUCUCUUUCUCUUUGUCACCGACAUUACGUGACUUCGUCCCGCCGAGUCACACGUCAUUCUUCUGUCCAACCCCUCGGCAACUCUUGUUCCUCUCCCCUCUCUUUGUCACCGACAUUACGUGACUUCGUCCCGCUGAGUCACACGUCCUUCUUCUCUCCAAACCCUCGGCACCUCUUGUUCCUCUCCCCUCUUUUUGUCACCGACAUUACGUGACUUCGUCCCGCUGAGUCACACAUCCUUCUUCUCUCCAACCCCUCGGCACCUGCUGUUCCUCUCCCAUCUCUUCGUCUCUGACAUUACGUGACCUUGUCCCGCUGAGUCACACGUCCUUCUUCUCUCCAACCCCUCAGCACCUCUUGUUCCUCUCCCCUCUCUUUGUCUCCGACAUUACGUGACUUCGUCCCGCUGAGUCACACGUCCUUCUUCUCUCCAACCCCUCGGCACCUCUUGUUCCUCUCCCCUCUCUUUGUCACCGACAUUACGUGACUUCGUCCCGCUGAGUCACACGUCCUUCUCUCCAACCCCUCGGCACCUCUUGUUCCUCUCCCAUCUCUUUGUCUCUGACAUUAUGUGACAUCUUCUCGCUGAGUCACACGUCCUUCUUCUCUCGAACCCCUUGGUACCUCUUGUUUCUUUCCCAUCGCUUGGUCUCUGAUUUUACGUGACUUUGUCCCGCCGAGUCACACAUUCUGCUACUUUCUUCUCCUCAGUUCUACUUACUACUUUGCGAAACCUUUUUACCUGACCUUACGUGACUUAGUGCCACUUAAACACACAGCCUGCUCCAUUUUAACUCCUUGGUACCUAUUGUACCUUUCCUAUCCCUUUGUCACUGACAUUACGUGACUCAGUCCAGCUGAGUCACACAUCCUAUUUCUUCACUCCUACAGUUCAGUUUAUGUCCCACGCAGUAAUAUAUGAAUUACGAUGAACGUGUGUGAUUUCAAAGGUCGGUGUAGUAACUUGUAUGUUGGCUCAGCCGACAUUCCGUUACACAGUGACGCAACCAGAUUAAUUAUUCAGUUUUUUGCUGAUUUGCAGGGGGGGAAAAGUUUGAUACGGCAGGAUUACAAAUUCUUUGUAAAUAGUCAUUUAGCAUAUUUUGAGACAGAGAGAGUACAAAUUAUACUUGCAUCACAUACCUUUAAACAUUUUUUCUUAUUUUAUAUUUUGUUUUUAUAGAAAGCUUGGGCUAAUCAACUUAAGCUAUGUUUGAAUCGAAUUUUAGCACUGUUCACAUUUUUGACCCUACACCUUAAAGAGAAAAGCUGAUAUUUUCUUUUGAAACCAGAGAAUUUCUGUAUGCAAGCCCUGUUCUAUCCCUAGUAUUUACGCAGUCAGCGUAGAAAGUUAAAUUGCAGUGGACGUAAAUACACUAUAUGUCCACCAAGUAUCACUGCAUCCGUCCAGAGAUGUGCAUUCAAAGUUAAUAAUUCGUCUUCUUCAUAUUUUACGUAUGAAUUUUAAUUUGCAACAAUCUAAUUGCACUUAAGUUUUAGGUAUGACAACAAACUAACUUAAAUCUUAUUAAAAAUAUUCGAAAAAUUGUCUACAAAUAAUCCAAAGUAAAACUCAAAUGCCGCAUCAAUAUUUACCCACAUUAAUACUGUGUAAAUAAUAAUUUAGAUUGUUAUUUGUACUGUAGGAUACAUAGAAUGUCGGAUAUAUUUUAGUUCUGUAAUUAAAAUUUCAUUAAGUAUGAUUUCUCUCUCUGUGCUCGUCUAAAUUCAGUUCAAAUUUAUUUAUAUGGCGUACAAAAACAAUAUGGACAUUAUAUGUACGUCUGUGCUUGUCUACAGUGCAUUAAACCACAGUUAAUUUAUUGUUGUGUGGUCAGUGAAGAGUGAAAACAUUAUCAUUGUACCUCACAUUGUAAGAGAAGACUAAAAUUGCCUUAUAAUUCUACGUGUGGGAGUUUUGCAAAACUCAGAAACUUAAGGACAAUGGACAAUAAACUGUGAGUAAAUGAUUAACAUCAGUUUUACAUAAACUAUAAUCAUCUCUGCUAAAUGUUAGACAAAAUGUUACCCUUUUUUGAAUCAUGUAUAAAAGCUUUAUUACAAUUAAA